AUGGCAAUAUUCCAGCAACUGAAGGCCAUGCCCGAUAGCAUGGCGGGCUGCAACCCGAACUACAUUUUGGCAGUUGUGUGCUCUGCCAUGUUUCUUGACCUAGCAAACCUUAGCGCCAUUACCAUCGCCCUUCCCACCAUCCAAGAGAACUUUGACGUCGAUGUCGCCAACUUGCAAUGGAUGAUCUCGGCCUACGCCUUGACUUUCGGCGGCUUUCUGCUGCUGGGUGGCCGCGGAGGCGACAUUUUUGGCCAUCGCCGAGUCCUGCUGUUUGGCAUGACAUUUUUCGCGCUGUUCAGUCUGGUCUGUGCCCUCUCACCCACCUUCAUAGGGCUUGUCAUCGCGAGAGCCUUCCAAGGAAUCGGCGCUGCAUUUACAAUCCCGCCCGCCCAAGCCCACGUUGCUCUGUAUUUUACAGAGCCAGCUAAAAAGGCCAAGGCCUUGGGCAUCUGGGGCGCCGCAGGGUCUUUGGGCUUCAUCAUCGGCCUCAUCCUGGGAGGCGUUCUAACAGCCUUCUUCGGCUGGCGCUGGAUCUUCUGGAUCUCCCUCAUCAUCUCCGGCCUCGUCAUCCCAGCAGCCUACCUCAUCCUCCCCCGCCCGCCCUCAAGCCGCAACGCCGCCACCACCCCACCACCACUUCCUCCUCCCUCCUCCGAAGCCCCCGCAACCAACGACGACGCACCGCCCCCGCUCCCGCCCAAGAAAUUCCUCCACUCCCUCCACGCCCGCCUCACCCGCUUCGACGCCCUCGGCAUCUCCCUCGGCAUCCCAGGCAUCCUCCUCCUCACCUUCGCCCUCAGCUCCGCCAACGCCAUCGGCUGGGCCAAGGCCCCCAUCCUCGCGCCCCUCAUCCUCUCCGUCGCGCUCCUCGCCCUCUUCAUCCACCACGAGCGCUCCGCGCCGCACGCCAUCCUCGCCCCGCACCUGUUCCGCACGGGCCGGGGUCGCCGCUCCUUCGCGCCCACCCUCGUCCUCGCCGUCCUCACCUACGCCGUCCGCCAGGCCUGCACGUAUUUCCUCACCGUCCAGCUGCAGCAGCCGCCCUUCGCCCACACCGCCAUCGAGACGAGCGUGCUGUUCGUCCCGCUGGGAGUGACGGCGCUGGUGUGCAACACGCUGGCCGGACGCAUGGUGCCGCUGCUCGGCGCGCGCGCUAUGUUCAUCCUCGGCUGGGCCCUCGCCAUCCCGGGCAUCGCGCUCUUCGCACUCACAUCCGGCCCGGAUAAAUACUGGCGCACGACCUUCCCCGGCAUGGUCCUGUACAUCGCCGGCAUCGGCGCCGUCUACGUCGCCGCCAACGUCGUCGUCGUCACGGGCGCGUCGCGCAGCGACCAGGGCGCCGCGGCGGGCGUGUUCAACGUCGCGCUGCAGGUGGGCGGGUCGGUGGUGGGGUUGGCGGGGUUGACGGCCGUGGCGGAGGGGGUGGGUGGGGGUGGUUCUGGUGGGGGUGCUGGGAGUAGUGGGAAGGGUGGGGUGAUUGCUGAGGAGGGGUUUAGGGCCGUGUAUUGGGCUUGUGUGGGGAUGUGUGUGGUUGGGUUGGGGGUGAGUGUGUUUGUGGUGGAGGUGCCGAGGGAGUUGCGGGGGAGUGUGUGGAGGAAGGGGGAGGAGGAGGGAGAAGAGGGGGCGAGGAGGGAGGGAGGAGGAGGGGAAGGGGGAGGGACGGCGGCGGCGGAUGGGGGCGGCGGUCGUCGUGGAUCGAUGUCCGUGGCUUCGUCGCAGUAUGAAUUACAGCCUGUAGUGGUGCGGGCAUCGCGGGAGGAGUAG